AUGACGGCCAUGCUGUCGCUCCCGCGAGACAACCCGCCCUUCCAGCGCUCGCCCUCGUCCGCGUCCCUCGCCUACGACACCUACACGCCCAUCCGCAAGAACCAGUACUCGCUGCCCGACCUGCGCUCGCCGUCGCUGAGCGGCUCCUCGCGCACCUCGUCCAUGCACUCGACGCCCUCCAGCAGCGUCUCGCUCGAUCCCAAGUCAGACGAGUCGAGCAGCGAAGACGAUGGCCUGGCGUUUCCCAAUUACACCUCGGCGCGGCAGUACAGAAAGGGAAAGGGUGUUGCAAAGGGCAAGGGCAUCAGUCACGGCGUCACGCCCAUCGACAUGGCCUCGUUGAAGCCUGCAUCCUCAGCCAUGCGCCCGGGCUCGCUGCCUUCACCGUCGCCGACCGAAGGCUUCUCCUCCGACACUCCCAUGACCACGCCAGACCCCAUGCCCAUGUCCGAAGACGACACGGCCGUGCGCAAGGAGCCCUCACACCACGUCGACUACCUCUCGUACGAGUGGCGCGAGGAGGACAUCUGGUCGUCGUGGCGGCACAUCGUCGAGCACCGCAGCGUCUACGGCGAGCGCUCCAGGCUCGAAAAUGCCUCGUGGCGAACGUGGGCCAAGGCCCAGUUUAAGCUCAAGACCAUCUCGCCCGAGACAUUGAAUUGGCUCAAAGACGUUGACGUGACCUGGCUGUACGGGCCCAUGCAGCCUGCCUCAAAUCGCUUCUGCUCGCAGCAGAAUUCCGAGCCAGCCAGCCGCCUGUCCAAGACGAACUCCUUCGUCAAUGGCGUCAAGAAGCCAAUUCUCAAGAAGCGCAGCAUGUCCGAGGCCAUGCUGCAAAAGUCACUGUCGUCGUCGUCACUGCUGCAACAAGCGGCCGAGUCGGUGCAGGCCCAGCAAACAACCGGUGUGACGCUGGAGUUGCGACGGCCCCGACCAAUCAUCGGCCGUGUAACCCCCGACUUCCCCACAUCUUCCACAUUGUCCCGAGGCCUGCUUUGGGAAGGCACGGACUACUUCUCCUCAAAGUCCACCUCCGGACUGCACACUCCCGAUCACGGGGAGAAGCGGCACAUCCGCUUCGACGACAAGGUCGAGCAAUGUAUCGCCGUCGAGUGCAAAGACGCCGACGAUGAGGAGGAUGACUGCAACCACAACCCCUGGGCCAAGUACCAGGAAGCGGAUUCCUCGUCGGACGAGGGCGUCGUCAUGAUGAAGCGGUCGCGCCGGAAGAAGCCUCUUUCACGGACUGCCUCGUCCGUCAGCAUCAGCACGGACAACAAGACCAUUGCUAAGCUUCCAUCGACGACGCUCAAGUACCGGACAGACUCUCCCGACGUUCCCGAGACGCAGCAACAUCACUCCCUCGCCAUGUGGAAGUCGCGCAGCGGGCUCUCUCCGUCGCCGUCCUCCGAGACCCUGAAGCCGUCAAAUCCAUCACGAAAUUUCCUGCUGGAAGAAGACGACGAAGAGAGUGAGGAGUUCCUCAAGCCCUCUAGCGCUUACGGCUCAAAAAGGGCCGGCACUCCCACUGCUUCGGAUCCGUACUCAUUGCGCCGGAGUGGGUCGUCAGCCUCACUGGAAAGCGGCGCACUACGAAGAACACCAUCCGGCAUGUUCAUGCCAUUUGAAGGCGACGAAGAAGAGCCUUUACCACCCACUCUCAUCGGCAGAGUUGUUGACACCGUAAAUACUGCACGCGACAUAGGCCAUGUCAUAUGGAAUGCGGCAUGGAGUAAUUAG